AUGUUUUUUUCACUGUCCAAAACUAAUCUUCAUGUCUUUACAGUGACUUGUGGAAACAGACAAGAGGGGCGUUUCAGAAGAAUAAGAAAAUGGAUAUACAUACGAGAAUCAUGAAGAAAAACUACAGGGAGGUUCCGUUGUGGUGGUUUUUGGUCAUCCUUUUGCUGAAUAUAGCGCUCAUCAUGUUCAUCUCCGUGCACUACAACGCCACCGUGCAGCUUCCUUGGUGGGGAGUGUUGCUUGCUUGUGCCAUUGCCAUCACUUUCACUCCUUUGAUUGGUGUCAUAGCCGCCACUACUAAUCAGGCACCAGGUUUGAACAUCAUAACCGAGUAUGUUAUCGGCUAUAUCUACCCGGAACGUCCUGUUGCCAACAUGUGUUUCAAGGUCUACGGAUACAUUAGUAUGACUCAAGCGCUAACUUUCAUUUCCGACUUCAAGCUCGGUCAUUACAUGAAGAUCCCGCCUAGAUCCAUGUUCAUGGCUCAGGUAUGUUAUCAAUUGGUUUUGAGAUAGAUGCCAAUAAAAAAAAUAUAGCUGAUCAAGUUGUAGCAAGUGCAGGUUGUGGGGACGCUUGUGGCGGUUGUUGUUUACACAGGAACAGCUUGGUGGUUAAUGGAAGAGAUUCCUCAUCUCUGUGACACAGCCUUGCUUCCUUCAGACAGCCAAUGGACUUGUCCCAUGGACCGUGUCUUCUUUGACGCCUCUGUGAUCUGGGGACUAGUGGGACCACGUAGGAUGUUUGGAGACCUUGGAGAAUACUCAAGUGUCAACUGGUUCUUCCUCGUAGGAGCCAUAGCUCCACUCUUAGUUUGGCUAGC